AUGGAAGGAACGUCCUACCACGAGAUGGCAGAGCUCCUUCGUCAAGCGGCACUCCAAGAAGCUGCAUCGCGUGCCAAAACGCGUUCUCCACUCAACACCGAGCCCACCGCCAGCACAUCUUCAUCCUCAAAAGUGACAGCGGAAGCGGAAGUCGAAGCGGAAGAGCUGUUCGCAGUGUACGAAGAUGAAAAGGCGAAGAACGAUGCCCUAGCACGGACGAUUGAUGACAGGAUGGAAGCGCUAGCAAACGCCAAAUCGAGCAAAGCGGAUCCAGUUGUCCAGGAUGAAAAGAGGAAGUUGGAGAUCGAAUGGCAGCACUUGGAGUUUGCGAUACGUCAGCUCGAAGAAGAAAAACGACAUCUACCAGAACUCGAUUCGUCGGCGGUUCUCGACAUUCGCACACGAGCAGAGCUGCACGACCUCAACCUGCAAUACUCUUCCGCGCUCUCUUCGCUUCGUUCAGAUCUGGCCUCGGAACGCGACGCCCUGUCACGCGAAACGCAACUCCACUCCGAUCUCGACAUUGUUUCGGCUGGGUUGUCGAAACGUCUUGCACAGCUGCAACGCAAACGUCGACAGGAUUUGACGAGCGAAUCUUCCAUUCGAAACAGCGAGCUGAACCGAAAGUUCAAACGGGAAGAACAGCGGUUCAAAGAGCUUCUCGCCCAACUCAUCGACAUGGGCACGUCCCUCUUCGGUUCCGACAAUCGCAAAGUCGUGACGCUUCGACACUACCUCGACGAGUUCAUGAACCAGGCUUGGGACAAACCCUUGGAUCCUUGGGUCAGCUCGACAAAGUUGGCCAUGAGAAGGACCGGCGGCGAAGUGGAUGAUGCCAUGAUCGAGUUUUUCGUCAGAGCCAACAUCAUCGUUCCUCAUCCGAAGGACAGUAGACGAUGGAGGUUGGUUGGAUUUCAUAAGCCGACGAGGGGGUGA